GUGCCUAUACCCUCACCAUCCUCUUCUUCUGUACCUGACGUCUCCCCUACUCAAGCUGUGUCGUCGUCGCCACGGACAGUAGCCAUGCCGCCACGCAAAGCGCCUGCUGCAAAGGCUGCGCCAACUUCACGUACCAAGCCUGCCGCCGCCGCUGCGAAGAGCAAGGACACACGCUCGGUAUCCUCUUCCUCAUCCACAACGCGUCCUGCCAGGAGAGGUGCAGCAGCAGCAGCCCCUAGAAGCCGCAGACAGAUUAGCGAUAGCGAUGAGGAUGAAGAUGAAGAUGAAGAGGAGGAGGAAGAUGAUGCUCGACAAAGGUCGCCAGCAGCUGACUCGGAUGAUGAGAUGGGCUUGAGCUCGGGCGAAGAGGAAGAGGAGGAGGUGGUCAAACCUCGAGCUAGGGCCAACAAGGCCCCUGCGGCUCCGGCCUCGAGGAAAACUGCAGCAAUCUCUCAGCCCAAGCGAUCGGCUAAGCAGGCUGUCAAGAGUGAAAGUGAGGAGGAAGAAGACGAAGAAGGCGACGCCUCUGAUAGCAACCUGGCUGCGACUAAGCCAGCUGCUCAACUUAAGAAGAAGCAGACCACAAGUCAAGCCGCGUCCUCUUCACAAAGCAAGCGGCGCCAAAGUCCGCCAGUGGAAAGUGCCGAUGAUACUGCAGCUACUGCCGAUGCAUCCGACUCGAUCGAUGCCGAUGCCACCUUCAUCGCCCCGUCCCGACCUGAGGCUCAGGACAGCCUACCAGCUCAUGCCUCAAGAUACUCGAUGAGCUCUGCUCAGCCCGGAUCCGUCCCUUCGACGCCCGUAAGCAAGCUAAGUGGCUCCAAUCUUCCCUCAACGCCAGCAGUUCCAGCAUCUCAGCAACCUACAAGCCGCCUUGUCAUUCAUAAGCUCGUUUUGAAAGACUUCAAAUCUUACGCUGGACUUCAGACCAUUGGUCCUUUCCACAAGAGCUUCUCAUCCGUUGUGGGGCCCAAUGGAUCUGGCAAGAGUAACGUCAUCGAUGCGCUUCUCUUCGUCUUUGGUUGGCGAGCAAACAAGAUGAGGCAAGGCAAGCUAGGCGAGCUUAUCCACUCUCCUGCAAUGGCAAAUCAGACAAAGCCGUCCGAUACCAAAGUCAGCGUCGUCUUCCGAGAGAUCAUCGAUCUGCCAGGACCUGACGCAUACAAGGUCGUGCCCAAGUCUAAGCUCAUCGUCUCGCGUACGGCGUAUCAGAAUAAUUCGUCUGUUUACCAUGUGAACGGCAAGAAGUCGAGCUUCACCGAGGUCACGACUCUGCUGAAAGGGCGCGGAAUCGACCUUGACCACAAGCGAUUCUUGAUUCUGCAAGGUGAAGUCGAGUCCAUCGCUCAGAUGCCACCAAAGGCACGUACAGAGCAUGAAGAGGGUCUUCUGGAGUACCUCGAAGACAUCAUCGGCACUUCGCGCUUCAAAGAGGAGAUUGAAGAAGCGAUCAAGGUCGUUGACGCCUGCAACGAGCAGCGAGGCGAGCGACUUGGCCGACUGAAGAUCGUUCAGCGCGAGAAGGACGCGAUGGAGGGAAAGAAGCGAGAGGCUGAGUCGCUUCUGCGGGAUCACAAUGCCCUCGCGCAUCGACAAUCUGUUCUCUGGCAAAUCUACAUGUACGAGAGCCGUCUGCACAUCGAGAAGGCACAGACUACAAUGGCGGCUCUGAGUGAGAAAAUCACAAAAGAGAGGGAGAGGCACAAGGACGCCCAGGCCAACAUUGCCGAGCUCGAAGCGAAUUACGCUACGAGCAAGAAGGAGUGGGACGCUUUGAAGGCAGAAGUCGGCAAGUUGGCCAAGGAGGUCGAGAAGCUGGAGAAGGAAGACUUGCAGGUCGGCGAGAAGAAGAAGCACUUUGAGACCAAGAAGAAAAAGGUCGCAAAGGCACUCAACGACGACAAGCAUCACCUCUCUGAGGCUAGAACCACCAUGACCUCUUCAGCUGAGGAGAUUGAGCGACUCCAGAGCGAGCUAGCGAAGCUGGAGGCCUCACUAGAGUCAGAGGAGUCUUCUCUCGAGUCCAUUCGUGACUCGCUCAAGGGCAAGACUGGCCACCUCUCUCAGCAGAUCGAGGCAAAGCAACGAGAGCUGGCUCCUUGGAUGGACAAAGUCAAAGAACAGGAGGGUACUCGAGACGUCAAGGCUCAAGAGGUCGAAUUGAUCAAGGGGCGCGAGGAAGCUCGAGAGCAGGAGCUACAGGACAGCCGUCAGAAGCGACAAGACGUGAAAGACGAGCUGAAGGCAAAACAGGAAGAGCUCAAGAGCCUUGCUGCUGAGAAGGAGGAAGUAGAAGGCAAGACCGAGGAGAUGCUCGAUUCACUCAAGGGACUCAAGAGUCAGGAGGCAAAGCUGCGAGCAAAGGCCUCUGCCGCUCGCGCAAAGUCGGAAGAGGCUAAAUCAACGCAGCAAGCCAGCGCCUCUCAAUCAACUGUCCUUGCUGCCUUGUCACGUCAAGCCGAGCUCGGCAUGAUCAAGGGCUUCCAUGGCCGCUUGGGUUCGCUUGGUGUCAUCGAUGACAAGUACGACAUUGCUAUCUCGACGGCCUGCCCAGGACUCGACAACAUCGUAGUUGAGAAGGUAGAGAAUGGUCAAGCUUGCAUCGAACAUCUGCGGAAGAACAACCUUGGACGCGCCAACUUCGUUAUUCUUCAAUCUGUCUCAAAUCUCUCCAUUCAGCCCAUUCAGACACCGGAGAACGUUCCUCGGCUUGUGGACCUAGUCAAGCCUCGGGACGCUCGAUACAUGCCUGCCUUCUAUCACUCUCUUCGAGACACCCUCGUCGCCCGCGAUCUCGACCAAGCCAAGCGUGUUGCCUAUGGGGCUACUCGAUACCGUGUCGUGACCCUCGAUGGUCAGCUCAUCGACAAGAGUGGUACCAUGUCCGGAGGUGGCAACCGUCCUAGCCGCGGAGGCAUGUCCUCCAAGUUCGCCGAUGCCGAGUACUCUCCUGAGCAAAUUGCGCGUCUGCAGCAGGAAGUCGUCCAAUUCGAGGGAGAGCUACAGGCACUGACCAUGAAGGUUCAACGCUACGAAGUCGAGCUGAGAGACAUGCAAGAUCGCCCGAGUCAGAUUGACGUCGAGGUCGAAAAGGCUCAGAUGGCUUUGAAGGUGGGAGCCAAGACUCUCGAGGAGGCCUCGAAACGAGUCGAGGAGCUCAAGUCACAAAGUCAGCCUGAUGCAGCCGAAGCCUCUCGGCUGACGCAGCUAGAAACGGAGCUACAGACACUCGAAGGCGAAAUCGCCAAGCUGCGAUCAAAGACUUCUGUCUACGAGUCUGAUAUUGCUGAUCUUCAAGAGAAGAUCCUCGACGCCGGUGGUGUGAAGCUGCGAGCUCAACAGUCCAAGGUCGAUGGCAUCAAGGAGAUGAUUGAGCUCUCAAAUGAGAAGAGCACAAAGGCUGAAGUGGCCAAGGCCAAGGCUGAAAAGGACACGACGAAGCUGGAGGCGGCAAUCAAGAAGCACGAGGCUGCCCUGGCGGAAGUCGAAGAAGAGAUGGCUGGUCUUAAGUCUUCGAGCUCAGAGAAGAGCACAGUCGUCAGCAAAGCCCGAGCCAAGCUAGAGGAGCGACAAGCCGCCUUUGAGGAAAAGCAGGAAGAACGCGAUGAGCUCAAGUCCAAGCUCGACGAGAGCUCCGGCCUGGUCAAUGCCUUCCGCUCGCUAGAGGUCGAGAUCAAGCAGAAGAUGGAAGACAAUCAGAGGUCACUCGUCGACAAUGAGAAGAAGCUGAAGCAUUGGGAGGAGAAGCACCAGAAGCUUGAGCUUCAUCAGAUCGACUCGGAUGAAGAUGAUGAAGAAGAGGAGGAGGAAGAGGGUGAUGCGGCUGAAGAGAAGAUUGACAAGGCCGAAGGCGACGAAGCUGCUGAUCAGAGCAACACCGAGGAGCAAGCCGACAAGGAAGAAGACCUCAGCAAGAAGAAGAGCGGCAAGAAGAGCAAGAAGAACAAUGACGAUGAGCUGGUCAUCUACGACGACGAAGACUUGUCAACGAUGGAUCGGGACACCAUCAAGGCGGAAAUUGCCGAGUACGAAGAGAAGGUUCAGAAUGGGUCGGGCAACUUUGCCAUUCUUGCCGAAUAUCGCAAGCGGGAGCAAGAGUACCUUGCCAGGUGGAAGGAUCUCGAGCAGGUCACACAAGAGCGCGAUGCAGCCAAGGAUCGUCAAGACGAGCUGCGGAAACGAAGACUGGACGAGUUCGUGGCGGGCUUCAGUCUCAUCUCGUCCAAGCUCAAGGAAAUGUACCAGACUAUCACAUUGGGCGGAAAUGCUGAGCUCGAGCUAUGUGACAGCUUGGACCCAUUCAGUGAAGGUAUCCUCUUCUCCGUCAUGCCUCCUAAGAAGAGCUGGAAAAACAUCAGCAACCUGUCGGGAGGCGAGAAGACUCUUGCCUCACUUGCGCUCGUCUUUGCCCUUCACGUGUACAAGCCGACGCCUUUGUACGUCAUGGACGAGAUCGACGCCGCUCUCGACUUCCGCAAUGUCUCCAUUGUGGCGAACCUGAUCAAGGAGCGUACUAAGAAUGCUCAGUUCGUGAUCAUCUCCCUGCGGAACAACAUGUUCGAGCUGUCCUCGCGGCUGGUUGGAAUUUACAAGACGAACGGUCAAACCAAGUCGCUCGCAGUCGAAAACACAGAGCUCAGCGAAGCCGUUGCAGAAGAGGCUGCGAUUGUCUCAGCCGCUCUCGCCGCUUCUGCACGCAAGGCUCGCACGAAUCCUGCUCCUCCUAGGACACCUUCCGCCGCUGGACCCCUGUCGCAGAGGUAUCAGCAGAGUGUGGCGAGAGUGGGAAGCCAAAGCCAGAGUCAGCUGUCAGUCACGAUGAAGAACACCUACGGCUACGGGGAAGGAGCCGUCCCCUCUACGCCCUUGAGCAAGGGCUCGCAGAUGAGGGGCCUUGGGGGAGCAGUCGGGAGGACCAACCAUGGACUGCCUGAAACACCACUGGUCAUCCCGCAGACACCGAGAGUGCCGAAGAGCCUGCUGGCACGCACACCCAAGAUUGUUCCUGCUACUCCACGGAUACCGUCGGGUGAGAGGCGGACGGGAUUGUGAUCGAUGGAGGAGAUUUCACUGUUAGAUUUGCUUUCUUUUACCCUUUGUCCUAUGUCCGAAUGCCGAGUUUCUUGCAACUUAUGCUCUGCGAGAGAAGGAUUGUGUGACAGGCGAGACUCAACGGUUAGUUGAAAGGACACCGAGUGCGACAGGGAUCCUCAGGCUGGUGACGAUGCUCGUAACACGCUUUUCCUCGUUUGGUCCAAGAAUUCGAUUUCACACUGUAUC